AUGAAAGUGAUGAGGGAAGAAGAAGAACCAGUUUAUCAAUCACCAACAAAAGAUUCUACAGAACAAGUGGGCUUAAAGCCAACAAUCGGUCUUUUUGGUGGCGUUAUGAUCAUCGUUGGCUGUAUCAUUGGCUCCGGUAUUUUCAUUUCGCCAAAAGGGGUUCAUGAAAACGCAGGAUCUGUUGGCUGGUCAUUAGUAAUUUGGGUGAUCUGUGGUGCUUUUUCCGCAAUCGGUGCCUAUUGUUAUGCAGAAUUAGGUACUUUUAUAAAAUCGUCGGGAGGCGAUUAUGCAUACGUUAUGGCUGCAUUUGGACCUAUGAUGGGAUUUUUGCGUAUGUGGAUUGAAUGCAUUAUUGUCAGGCCUUGUACGAUAACUGCUGUUGCCAUAACAUUCGCUACUUAUAUUUUACAGCCAACUUUUCGACAUUGCGGCAUGCCAAAUUUAACUCCUCAGUUUCUGGCAGCUGGAUGUAUUACACUACUUGCAUUGGUUAACUGUUUAAGCGUUAAAUUUGUAUCAUUUAUACAAAAUUUUUUCACGAUUGCGAAGUUAGCUGCUUUGGUUCUUAUUAUUUCAACUGGUAUCGUGCUUCUCAUAAUGGGAGAUCCCUACCGCGAUUCAUUUGAAAAUCUUUGGGAAGGCAGUAAUUUCGAUCCUGGCAACAUUGCUCUUGCAUUUUAUUCUGGAUUAUGGGCUUAUAAUGGUUGGAAUUAUUUGAAUUUUAUUACCGAAGAACUUAUCGACCCAUUGAAAAAUUUGCCUCGGGCAAUCGCCAUUAGUUGUUCAAUUUGUACGAUUAUUUAUACUUUAACUAACAUUGCAUUUUAUGCAGGAACAACACUCGAAGAACUUCUAGAAUCGAAUGCUAUAGCAGUAGAUUUUGCAGACAAAUAUUAUGGUGUUGUAGCUUGGAUAAUGCCAGUACUUGUUGCAGCAUCAUGCUUUGGAACCGUAAAUGGCGUCAUGCUCACCACAUCAAGGUUAUUUUUCGUUGCUGGACGCCAUAAACAUAUGCCGUGGGUUUUAAGCUUUAUUAAUCCUUAUUUCAAUACACCAAUUCCAGCUGUUUUGUUUACGGCAGUUUUUUCAAUGGCAUAUUUGUUAUUAUCCGAUAAUAUUUACACGUUAAUUAAUUACGUACAAAUAGUGAAUUGGUUGGCUAUUGGUAUUGCGAUUGCUGGAUUAUUUUAUUUAAGAAUAAAACAACCUCCACGUAAAUACCCAAGGCCUCUGAAAGUCAAUUUAACAUGGCCAAUAAUUUUUUUCGCUGGAUGUGUCUUUUUAGUUGUUUUCCCGGUAUAUCAAGCACCAGUUGACACAGCGAUUGGAAUUGGUAUAAUGUUAACGGGGAUUCCAGCGUAUAUGAUAUUUGUUUAUUGGUCACGAAAAUUGGGUUUCGUAAACGAAUUUAUGGGUAUAUUUUAUUAA